GGUGCAAGUGGGAGAACGAUGAUUACAUUUGUCGAGGACAUAUUCUAAACGGUAUGUCUGACUCUCUGUUUAAUGUAUAUCAAAAUGUUGAAUAUGCAAAGUUACUGUGGGAUGGUCUAGAAGAAAAGUACAUGGCCGAGGACGCUUCGAGCAAGAAGUUCCUCGUCAGUAAUUUUAACAAUUAUAAGAUGGUCGACUCUCGACUGGUCAUGGAACAAUACAAUGAACUAUUGAGGUUCCUGGGCCAGUUUGCACAGCAUAACAUGGCAAUGGAUGAAUCCAUAUCUGUGUCUAGUAUUAUAGACAAACUGCCUCCUUCGUGGAAGGAAUGCAAACGUGAGUUAAAGCAUAACAAGGAGGAAAUGAAUCUGGUGCAACUUGGAACCCAUCUUUGGAUUGAGGAGUCCAUUCGAGAUCAAGAGGGAAAGAAGGUGAAGGACAUAGCCGGUCCAUCGUCCCUCAACAUGGUCGAAGACGAAGGUUUCACCAAAGUGAAGAAUAAGUCUAAGGGUAAAAAGCGCAAGUCCGGAAAUACACCCAAACUUGCAAAUAAAAAGGCUAAAAUGGGUUGUUGGAAGUGUGGGAAACCUGGCCACUUCAAGCAAGAUUGUCGAAUUGGCAAGCGAGACAAGUAUACAAGCAAGAAUGGUUCUGGUCAAGGAACCAAGGACCAAAACAAAUCAGAAGGAUGAUGACAUCUUUUGGUGGGUUGAUUCGGGGGCAACAUGUCACGUGUGCAAGGAUAAAAGAUGGUUCAGUUCGUUGGAAUCAAUGGACUAUGGAUCAGUGUUGCGCAUGGGAAACAUAGCCACCGAACCUGUCAAGGGAAUUGGAAUAGUAAAACUUGUAUUCACUU